CUACUUUGUAAAAAGCCUGUAAGGGUUUCUUUAGUCUUCCUCCCAAAGCAAUUUUAUAUGUAGCACUAUUCAAUAUGUACUUUUUUGAUUAUGGUAAAUAAAAUAAACUGUUCCAACAUCAAAAUAACGUGAUCGUAUGAGAAUAAGAUGUACGUCACCUCUUGAUGAUGCAGCAGUACAAAGUUCAAUAACGCGUCACGGCUAAUUUCACAAUUGUCCUACUGUAGCAUAUAUAAAUCGAUUAGCUACUACGAUUUCUACUACUGUCGCUACAACCGUCGCUGGCUCGUGAAUGUUGUUCUGGCAAAUUUCUCUACUGAGAGCAGCGGGAAAAGGGCUUGCGUCUACAGAGUACACUGUGCAGAUUUGAACAAUACUGAUAUUAAAAGAGGAUGGAGGUUUUGGAGCAGACGUCUUUGGAAUUCCUCGCUCAUCCUGCUGCCAUCGCGUCGCUUGUACUCCUGGUAGCGUUGUUUCUCUACUGGUAUGGAACGCGAGGCUUCGCAGCUCUCAAGAUACUCAACGUCCCUGGUCCCAAACCUAUUCCGUUCAUCGGGAACUUUCUUGAAGCGAGGAAAUAUGAUGGUCUGCAUCUCAUGCAUCUCGACUACCUUAAGAAGUACGGGAAAGUUUAUACCCUCUGUAUGGGGGGCAAACCUUCGCUCGUCGUUGCAGAUCCAGAGUUGUUGAAGCAGAUAAUGAUCAAAGACUUUCCAAACUUUCGCAAUCGCUACAUAAUUCAAAGGGAGGGUGUCUUCGACAAAGGGGUCUUAAAUGCAAGGGACGAAACCUGGAAGCGAAUCCGUAACACGCUGACGCCCACCUUUAGCGCCGGAAAGAUGAAGCUGAUGGUGCCAUUGAUUGAGAAGUCGUGUGACACGCUCAUGGACAAACUUGGGAAAAUUGCUGAUUCAGGCGAGUAACGAAACACUUUUCAGCUUUAUCUGCUUUUACCUUCACCAUGUAAAGCAAAAUGACUAACUGAUCGAUAGUUACAUAGCGACAUUAGUACCGUAAUCUGCCUUUGCAUGCUUCGGGGAUGUCACGCAACGCUCCCCCUAAAAAAACUCCCAACGCCCCAAAGAAACUCCCAACGGAACUCCUAACGCCCCAAAGAAACUCCCAACGGAACUCCUAACGUCCCAAAGAAGCUUAAGGUGAAGGUACAACCCGUGUGGACUGAAGAGAAUUGAAGAGAAUUGAAGGGAAUGACACAGAACGAAAAAAAAAGGAAUGCACAUGGGAAUCCUUUUUCUUGUUCCAGUUGAUGCCGGUUGUAAUUCAAUGUAAAUAAACUCAAAACUCCUAAAUGGCA